AUGGAUCCCGAGAAUCUCAAAGCACAAUUUCAGCCAGAAGAACCACGUCUUUUGAGCUUUCCUCAUCUUCCUGAUGAUGCUAAAUAUGAAGAUGGCACGCCAAUCCUGAACAAAUACUCUUCAACUUUGACUAAAGGUCAUGACUUUCCCGGAGCUCAGGCAAUGCUGUACGCAGCAGGAGUGCCCAACGAGAAGAUGAUGAAGACGGCUCCUCAGAUCGGAAUUGCUUCUGUAUGGUGGGAGGGCAAUCCUUGCAACAACCAUUUGCACGAUCUUGGAAAGCUUGUGAAGCAAGCAGUAGAGAAGCAAGACAUGAUUGGGUGGCAGUACGGCACCAUCGGAGUGUCAGACGGUAUCACCAUGGGCGGCGAAGGCAUGCGCUUUUCUCUACAGACUCGAGAGAUCAUCGCAGACAGUAUCGAGACCAUCACAUGUGCUCAAUUCCACGAUGCCAACAUCUCGAUUCCCGGAUGCGACAAAAACAUGCCAGGCGUUGUGAUGGCAAUGGCCAGACACAACAGGCCCUCUGUAAUGAUCUACGGUGGCACCAUCAACCCUGGAUAUUCCAAGACACUAAGAAAGACGAUCAACAUCACAACAUGUUACGAGGCGCAUGGAGCUUACAACUUCGACACACUCAAAAACCCAGACGACCCUUCAAUCACCAAGGAUGAAAUCUUGACCGAUAUUGAGAGAAACGCAUGUCCUGGUUCUGGAGCUUGUGGUGGUAUGUUCACAGCAAACACUAUGGCCAUGGCAAUCGAGACCCUCGGUCUCUCUCUUCCUGGAUCUUCAAGCACGCCUGCCACUUCUCCAGCCAAGAUGAGAGAGUGUCAGAAAGCAGCAGAGGCAAUCAAAAUUUGCAUGGAGAAGAACAUUCGUCCUCUUGACUUGCUAACUAAGAAGUCAUUUGAGAAUGCUCUGGUAAUGAUGAUGGCACUCGGAGGCAGCACAAACGGUGUGCUUCAUCUGCUUGCUAUGGCUGGUACCGCAGGAGUGGAUCUUACCCUCGAUGAUUUCCAGAGAGUGUCGAACCGCAUUCCGUUCAUCGCAAACAUGGCACCUUCGGGCAAGUACUUGAUGGCUGAUCUCUACGACAUCGGUGGGGGCCUUCUCGAUGGCAGCGUUCCUACCAUCACCGGCAAGACACUAGCCGAAAACGUCGCUUCAUUCGACUCUCUCCCUCAAGGCCAGGAAAUCAUCCGCAGCCUCGACAACCCCAUCAAACCCACCGGCCACAUCGAGAUCUUGCGCGGCAACCUCGCACCCGAAGGCGCCGUAGCAAAAAUCACAGGCAAGGAAGGUAUGAGCUUUACCGGCAAAGCUCGCGUCUUCAACAAAGAGCACGAACUCGAUGAUGCACUCAACAAAGGCCAAAUUCCUCGUGGCGAAAACCUUGUCAUUGUUGUUCGCUAUGAAGGCCCUAAAGGUGGACCUGGUAUGCCUGAGCAACUCAAGGCUAGUGCAGCUAUCAUGGGUGCUAAGCUCACGAAUGUUGCUUUGAUCACGGAUGGCAGAUACAGUGGUGCAUCGCACGGCUUCAUUGUCGGUCACAUUUGCCCUGAAGCUGCUGUGGGAGGGCCCAUAGCUAUUGUUCGCGAUGGCGAUAUGAUUACUAUCGAUGCCACUAACAACACUCUGUCUAUGGAUGUGUCGGAAGAGGAGAUUCAGCAGAGAUUGAAGGAGUGGAAGAGACCUAGGUCAAAUGUCACUCGUGGUGUGCUGGCCAAGUACCAGCGUCUGGUUGGCGAUGCUAGUCAUGGUGCCAUGACAGAUCUGUUCUAA